AUGGCCUCCAAGCCUCAGGAUCCGCCCCCUCCAAAUCCCUGGAUCGCUGGCGAUGGCAGCCCGCUCCGGGGAUGCUACUGGAUGAGAAUCGACCCGAAAGUGCAGCCUAAUUACUGGGUCCAACGCAAGAAGGUGUGUGAAUGCCGAGACCACUUCUCAACCCAGUGGCCGGUUGACCAUGUGAUUAUCCAAAUCCCUGCAUGUGCCUUCCGCUGCCCAUUUUGCACGGCUCUCGAUAACCCGGAGAAAGAGAAUCGACCUUGCCCGGGACGGGUGAAAAGACAUAUUUCAGCAGCGCAUAUCUGGCAGGUUCCUCCUGAUCCGAUGCUGUCUCGUCUUGCAGUGGAGAGGAAGCCCCGCCUGCGAACCCACGGCUGUAGUGCACACAAGAACAGUUCGACCUGGCUAUCCUGUGACCAACUCAAAGGAAACGCAUGA